CGGGGCCGGGGCCGGGGCCGGGCCGUGCCUCCCUCGCCGAGCGCCGCGCCGGGGGCACCGCCGAGCGCGGCCCCUCCGCGCUGCCGGCAGCGCGCAAAGAGGCUCUGCAUUGACGUCACAAUGACACAGUGAAGCCAAACACAGGAGCUGGGAACAGUUCUUCUGCUUCACUUUUGAUAAUUGAGUGAGUUUGCCACCACCCCAUUCCUUCCAGCAUGGCUAAGAGUGCAGAAGUGAAGUUGGCGAUCUUUGGUCGGGCUGGUGUGGGCAAGUCAGCUCUUGUCGUGCGCUUCCUGACCAAACGGUUCAUCUGGGAGUACGAUCCAACGCUAGAGUCUACAUAUCGUCACCAAGCUACCAUUGAUGAUGAAGUGGUUUCCAUGGAGAUACUAGAUACAGCUGGUCAGGAGGAUCCUAUCCAGAAAGAAGGACACGUGCGAUGGGGUGAAGGCUUUGUGCUGGUUUACGACAUCACAGACAGAGGCAGCUUUGAGGAAAUGCUGCCGCUAAAGAACUUGUUGGAUGAAGUUAAAAAGCCCAAAAACGUCACCCUGAUCCUGGUGGGGAACAAAGCAGACUUGGAUCACUCCAGGCAAGUCAGCACAGAGGAAGGUGAAAAGCUGGCCACGGAACUAGCAUGUGCUUUUUAUGAGUGUUCUGCUUGCACGGGAGAGGGCAACAUUAUGGAGGCCUUCUACGAGCUGUGUCGUGAGGUUCGGCGGCGAAAGAUGGUCCAGGGCAAGACUCGGAGACGAAGCUCCACCACCCAUGUCAAGCAGGCAAUUAAUAAGAUGCUUACCAAAAUCAGCAGCUAAAAAGAGCUGUACUAAACCAGAUAAGAUUUUAGAGCAUAUUAGCUUGGAGGCAGGGAUGAGGCAGGCAGAGCACAUUUAAUUAAAAAUGGUCAAAGCUUUGCAAUGGACAAAAAAAAAAAUAAAAAUAUGAACAUCACCGUAUUUUUGAAUAACACAGAGUCAUACUAUUUUCCUGUUUUGAAAUGUAUUUAGCCACACUGCUUCUGGCUAAUGUGGAAAAAAAACCAAAAACACCAAGGGAAAAAAAACACCAAAUGUACUCCAAAGGACUAGAUGAUUGCGGGAAUUGGCACCAACAGAGAAUCUUCUGCUUCUACGUGUCUAGUCCAAUGUCCUGCAAAUCAGUAGUGCCUAAACAUCAUUUCCAGCCAACCAGCUGCUCAGUAAGACUCAGCCUUCACUCCAUCAACUACCAUCACAACUAACAUUCUCCAGGACUGAAUAUGUGUAGAGGCUGCUCUGUUGUAUCGGAAAGUUUACCUGACACCUUCAACCAGCUCUAAGUUGGCUCAUUGUGUGCUUUUACUCCAAACUGUACUUCCUUGUUAUUUUUGUCAAAUCUAUGAGUGCUGAUGUUCUUAGCAAGGUAUGCAAAAAAUAUAGGAAAGGUCUAUUUUAUGGAGUGUUUGGCCAGCAAGACAUACAUUUCAAGAGAGCUGAGGUUCAGUGGCUCUUCCAGAUCCUAUGAAACUGCAGAAUUCAUGAAGAAAUAACCAGCUAGUCCAGUGGCAUUUCAGCUUUUUCCCCUCAAAGUGCAGGACUGUACUUGGGGAAAUGGGACUAAAUGUGUUAUGAAGUCAAAUUAAAAAAAAAUAUUACUAUUGAUUUA